AAAUGGUCUCUAAGGGUUUGGAUUAAGACCAUAACAGCGAACAUAACAGCGUGAGACACAAGUUUAACGCCGUCAUGAUUGGACAGGGAAGCUAAAUCGCUCUUUGCUACUGUAGGAAUAUGGAUCGAGCUGCGUCAAUCUACGCAAGGAUCGAUACAUUGACUAAAUAAUACCUGAUACUUGUGUUUGGCAAAUCAAUAUAUUCCUUGGAUCCUCAAAAAUGUUGAGUUAAAAAAUGUUUUACUAAAAAAAAAUACUGGCUGCAAAAUAGCAUCAUGUCUUAAAUAAAGGUUUAUCCAGUAAAACAUAGCCACAUUUAAUGCAUGUAAAUCAGUGGUUUCAUACCUGUAUUUAUGAUCCCUUAAAAAAGGUUAUGCCUGUUUGUGAUUGCUCAUGGUGCAUACAUUUAUAGUUGUGUUCCAUACAAGCAAGGACUUUUUUUUGGGUGUAGUUAAAUAAUUGUCGUCCAAAGAAUGUCUAAUUAUCUUUCAAGAGAGAAAAAAAAAAAAAAUUCUUCAGAGGCAUGUUUUAAUAAAAUGCAUUCAACCGAUUCCUCCCCUGGGAUUUACCUAAUGUCCUCUUAGGGCUUGAGGCUCUCUUGAGUCUACAUUAUCCAACAGUAGUGUAACAUUGGCGUAUAACUCUCCCAACCUACAACUAAACUGUCAGCAGUCCAGUUGCAUUGUGGUAAAUGUAGGUGCAAGGUUUUGAUAAGGAAGAAGAUCUCUGGUUCUGUGCAUGCAUUGUAGUAAAACUGUCCAUUGUGGGUGUGCAAAUUGAUGCCCCUGUAUCCCAUCAGCAGAUUCUGCCUGGCACCAGUUAUGAGACCCCAAUGGACUUGGUUCCCUUGGGCGCAAUGCCAGGACAGCAACCCCCCUGAUCCGGACCAGGACAGGGAGAAGAUCUGGGCUGAGCUGUUUGAUGAGCUUGACAUCAACAAAGAUGGACACAUCGACAUCCUCGAACUACGGACAGGACUGGCAGGCAGAGGGCUUUCCAAACGCUCCGUGGAGAGGAUUGUAAAAGCCGGGGACACCAACCAGGAUGGAGUAUUGGACUUUGAAGAGUUCACGCAGUAUCUCCGAGUCCAUGAAAAAGAACUCAAACUCAUGUUCAGGAAUCUGGACAAAAACAAUGACGGACAGAUUGAUGCAGCAGAGAUCCAGCACUCUCUGCGUACCGUUGGCGUGGAAGUCAGCCUCAAAGAUGCCUCCAGGAUUCUGCAAAGAAUGGACAGAGAUGGUACCAUGACCAUUGACUGGAAUGAGUGGCGGGACUUCUUCCUGUUUAAGCCUCUCACCAACAUGGAGGACGUAGCGCGCUACUGGAAACGUUCAAUGAUGUUGGAUAUAGGUGAGCAGCUUACAGUUCCUGAUGAAUUCACUGAAGAGGAGAAGAAGUCUGGCUAUGUGUGGCGGCAGCUGAUGGCCGGAGGCAUUGCUGGAUGUGUAUCUCGGACUGGGACAGCCCCCUUAGACCGCCUCAAAGUCUUCCGACAGGUGAAUGGUUUCAUUGAAUUUAAAGGGAAUGUGCUGAACAGUUUUCAGUAUAUGAUCAAAGAAGGAGGACUACGCUCACUGUGGAGGGGCAAUGGAAUCAACGUGCUUAAAAUUGCUCCAGAAACUGCUAUCAAGUUCACAGCUUAUGAACAGAUCAAGAAAAUGAUCCGUAGCAGAAAUGAAUCAAGAAGUCUGAGGAUUCAUGAGAGGUUUGUUGCUGGUUCUUUGGCCGGAGCUACAGCUCAGACAGCCAUCUACCCAAUGGAGGUGCUGAAGACCCGUCUCACAAUAGGAAAGACAGGCCAAUACUCAGGAAUCAUGGACUGUGCCAAACAGAUCCUACACAGAGAAGGUCUAGCAGCUUUGUACAAGGGCUAUGUACCCAACCUGCUGAGUAUCGUCCCUUAUGCCGGCAUCGACCUGGCUGUCUAUGAGACUCUGAAGUUUGCCUGGCUGAACAGGAACCAAGGUUUAGCUGACCCAGGGGUCACGGUGCUGGUUGGUUGCGGUGCUGUUUCAAGUACCUGUGGACAGCUAGCAAGUUACCCUCUGGCAUUGAUCCGCACUCGAAUGCAGGCACAAGCUUCAUUGAAGGGAGCCGAUAAACCCUCCAUGGUGGCCUUGCUACAAAACAUCGUGACCCAGGAGGGUGUGGCAGGACUUUAUCGUGGAAUUUCCCCCAACCUCCUGAAAGUCAUCCCUGCUGUCACCGUGUCCUACGUCGUCUACGAAUACACAAGGAUAAUGCUCGGAGUGGACAUUGAGGGUAGGAGGGGGGUGGGAGUGAAGGGGUAGGAAAGGUUUUAGAUGGUUUGGGUUGACUCUCAUCAAAAGCACGUACAGAUCUGUCGACUAUGCAUGAGGAAAUCGGCCUCGACUUUGGAUGGAUUCAUGCUCCUAUGACCUAUGAUGAUAGGAUGAAAAAUAAACCAUUAAAGGAAAAGAGAAAAACAACAGAUUGGACCACCCCAGAACUGGCAGCUGCUGUGACGAGUUUCACGUGUGAUAUAUUGCAUUGCAGUGCAUGCCAGCAGUUGUGUGAAUGCUAAUCAACUCAUGCCACUGCAUUGACAGAUGAAGACUUGCAUUAACUUGCCUGAGAACAAACCGGUACCAAAUUUGGAAGUCAUGUUACAUUCCUACAGCAUUAUUUUUCUCUCUCUUAGGUAGUAGAUAGAGAAGAUACUGGAUUGAUUGGAGGACUGAUUCAACUUCCUGUUCUCGAAGUGAGGGGAACCUGAAGUCGCUGCUCAUUGGUGGAGUUCAAGAGUCCGGACUUGGAUUGAAAUGUCUUAAACAAAUUUUACAAAUACUACAGAUGAGGUGUACAACAACAACAAAAAUGACAGAACAAAAGUCUUCAAUUACAACUGAAAAAGUCGAUCUUCUCUUUUCCGGAACAAUUACUACUGAAAAAAAGCACAAGACAGGACAUCUCUUCUACUGGAGUGGAGCUUCCAAAAGCCAUAUCAAGAAGCAGAGGAUUCGUAAUAACCUCUCAUGCAAAUGUUCAUGUUUUAUAAAUGUUUCUUUGUUUGAAACGCACAACGGGGUCCAGUGCCACAAAGUAUUUUCAGAAACUAUACUGUAUAUGCACAAUGUGCAGUUUUAACACUAUGGCAAAGAGUUUGCUUUGUAUGUUUCAUGAAACAUAAGAAAUUAGAUUUAAUGCCAAUAAACAUGUCUGAUGUUUCAUUAUUUAUUAUGGAAUGUGGCAAUAAAUGCAUACAUGGUGCUGCUGGUGUUAAAUAAAUGCCUCUGAGCUUUAUCUGAAGAA